CGCAGUCAGUGAGUGGGAAAUGCUAAUGACUAACAGUUAUUCCAAUCGAAUUGAUUUUUCCCAUCGCGUUUCUUACUGAACCGUCGAAAAUGUGUGAAAUUGUGGUGACAAGAGUCACAUAAGAGACAUUCAUGCCACCAUUGAAAAAUCGUCGUACGCACAGCUAAUAAACACGAAUCUCAGAAAAAUCUCCAUUAUUACACAGUGUCAGUCCCAUUCUAUUUUGGUACGCUGCUGGUGACUGAACAAUACUUAACCCAAACGUGAUGAUGAAAGAGUCAAUCCGGGGGAAAACUGACGAUCAAUAGCUGAAACCAAUGAUGAAUAAAUCCUGGAGAUCCGUUUACCAGGAUAAUGUCAUCCAGUAUCUAUCCGCUGAUAAUCCUGACGGCUUUGACCGUCUAUGUACCAGUAAUUUGGCACAAAAUAAAUACACGAGUGCAUCUGUAAACAGUGUCUCAGCUUACCCUUCGUCUGAAACUGAAACUUUCCUAAAAAAUCAUCACGAGGGGAGGAAUUUUAUAUUUAAACUAACAUCAAAGUUAAUGUUGUUGAUGAAUUUUUUAAAAAACUUAUUACUAAUAAUACUACUCAAGAGGUCGAACGUCACAGGACAUAUUGUACCAAUUAUGAGGUUAUGCUUGAUAAUUCCAACGAUAAUCCUAAUUAUUCAAUUGACCCCAGUGACAAGUGCAACGCAGCCCUUGAGGAACCCCUACGAGAUCCUGGGAAUUCACAGGCGUUCGACCCUCCAGGACAUAAAAAAAGCGUACAAGAAUCUCGUGAAGGAGUGGCAUCCUGACAAAACUGAUCAUCCCGAUGCCGAAGAUAAAUUUGUGGAGAUAACAAAGGCAUAUGAGCUUCUGUCAGACCCAGAAAGACGAAGGAAUUUCGAUAACCGUGGAAUAACUGAGGAGGGAACCUCCAGAUUCAGAAGUGAAAACAGUCAUUUUCAGAUGCCUGAUCCUCUGGAAGAGUUAUUUGCUGGAAAUUUCAAAUUUAAUUACCAGAGUCGAGAUAUUUCUUUCUACCACAAGAUGAGUGUGACAUACAGAAUGUACGAACAUAUGAUUCUGCCAAAAAGUCUCCGCACUCCUUAUUUACUUUUUUUCUACUCAGAGUGGUGUUUCACUUGUAUUCAGAUCGAGCCAACGUGGCGUCGAUUGAUAGACGAAUUAGAGCCUUUGGGUGUGACAUUGGCAACAGUUCAUGGUGAGAGAGAGCCGGCAUUUAAAAGACGAAUUGGAAUUCACUCGAUUCCCUGUCUAGCCCUGACAAUGGACGGUCGCACAAGCAUCUAUAAGGAGUCCCUCUUCAAUGUCCCAAAAAUCGUGGAAUUCGUUCGGAGCAAAUUCCCUUACAAGUUGAUUCCCAAGAUAACUAAGGACAACGUUGAUGGAUUUUUGUCGGGCUGGAGGGACAACAGAAUCAGAGCCCUGAUAUUCGAGAAGAAGGACUCACAGAGACUACGAUAUCUCCUGGUGGCAUUCCAUCACAGGGACCGAGUGGCAUUUGGUUUUGUUCAAGUGGGAAAACCAGAGACUGAGGAAAUCACGUCGAGAUAUAAGAUUUCUGGUGAUUUGAAUACAUUAUUACUGUUCAAUGAAAACUCUGAAAAGCCCAUGGCAUCAGUUAGCAUGAAGGACAUCUCCAGUGAGACGAUGCACAAUGUUAUAUCGAAUAAUAAAUUCCUGGUGCUGCCUAGGUUAUCGAAUCAGGCGAUACUGGAUUCUGUGUGCCCACCAGAGUGGCUAAGACCUCAGAAACGAUUGUGCGCUGUUCUCAUAUCCCAGAAUAGUCCUGGACAUGAUUUGGCUAGACAGAGGUUUAGGCAGGCAGCACUGGAAUCUCCUUACAGUCCAGAACGUGUGAGAUACACGUAUGUUUACAAAGAGUCACAGCCACAAUUUGUGUCUGCCCUCUGUGCGGGUGAGGGCAGUCCUCUGGAACCUCUUAUGCACAUCGUCAUCAUCUGGAGAAGAGACGCUAAUCAUCUGAAGUACGAGUGGCUGCAAAAUGGCUGGAUCGAUGCAACUGAGGACGAGAAUAAAUGGAAUGAGACGAGGAGAAGUCUCGAGCAGACAAUACAACGUCUUCUAAGGACCACUGAGGCCCUUCCAUAUGCUGCCAGAGUCGAUGAACUUGCCGAUGAACAUGCCCAGGGUACUGUUGAUAAACUCAUUGGCAGGGCACUACUUGCCGUUGAUUACAUCUCUGAUAACUUAACGAAGGAACAGCUUCUGCCUCUUGCGUCUGUUAUCGCUUCUCUGUUGUUCAUUGGAGCUGCUGGCUAUGGCGUGUCUUAUUUGGUGAAGCUGGAGGAACUCAGCGUUCAGAGCAAGAUGCGACAAUUCAAUAAGGAAAAUUCUAAAGGCAUCUCGAGCCAGCCGCAGUUGCGACUCUAUGAGAUGAGGGCUGAAAAGUAUAAUGGACUCGUGAGGCUCUUGAAACCUGGGUGUAGGACUAUUAUUCUGAUUGUCGAUGCUCAGAGCAGGCUCAAGCUACUGCCAGCGUUUCAUAAAGCUGUCUGGCCUUACAGAAAAAAUAAGACACUGAUGUUUGGACAUCUGUCUCUGGAACGAGGACUCGAUUGGUACAAGAAAAUCCUGUCUUUGAGUCUCCAGGAACCCAAAGAAUUGAACAUAAAUCCAAAAAAUUGUGUUGGCACAGUUUUGGCAUUGAAUGGACAUCGGAAGUAUUUUUGUAUGUACCAUGCAAAACACCCAGAGUGUAGUAAGGGGAAAGGAGCGAAGCGAAUGGAAAGAAUGACGAAGCAUUUGAGCCGCCGAAAUGACGAUGCUGAAGCUGGUGCCUUUAUAGGAUUCGAUAGCUCUAGCGACUCCGAAAUGUCACAAGACGAGAUGGACAACAGUGUUUUGUACCAAGACAGACUUCUAGAUCGUCUACCGAACUGGCUGGAUAGAUUAUUCGAAGGCUCAACUCAACGUUAUUACAUCAAUUAUUGGCCGGAUUUCACUGCCAAAUAAGACGAGGUUUGUUGUACGUUUGCUAACGUAUAAAAUGCCUUUUAACUGUAAUGAAACUGUAUACAGGUGUCUUGAAUCUAGUCAUUGAAGUGAAGCAAUAUGGAGACUUGUUGAUACCAAUAAAAAUAAGUUUGAAGUCCGUCAUACAGACAUCAUUACUGCAUCACUGAGGGGUAAACAUUGCAGUUCAUAAAGUGUUAUAAUUUCCCACGAAUCUGUAUAGAUAUCAUUAUUUAUGUUAUAUCGUCAAUAAUGAUGAAGUUCUGCCGAAGGUGUGGAGACAACCUUGACUGAUACCAACGUACAACAGCAAUCAGUUCGGUUUUUGGAAAUGACUUGACGUUCAUUCCAUCUCAGUCAGGUGAUUUAUUAUUUUGAUACAAGUCCAUUAUGCCUGAGUCUAAUAGAGAUAGCGAAUUUAUCUAAUUCCGGUGAUUCGGAGAUAUUAUUCGCUAAUUACAUUGAAACAAUAGAACUUUACUCUUUGGUUUUUUAAUGCUCAUUUUGUCUUCUUUCUCUGUAAUUAAUACAAGUCUAGUCAAUAAAUGUGUUCCUUCAAUGUAGCACCAUGCUUCUCUUAAGCAGAAACUCGAUUAUUUGUAUGCUGAUUUACGAUUGAGAGUUGUGAAUUUUGGAGGAUUGAAUGUGUCAUUGUUUCAUUGUAUUUAUCUAUGUACGACGAUGUCAAUGCGUAUAAUGUGUUUCAGUAUGAAUAUGAAUGUCCGAGAGACGGAGUUGAAUUUUUUGCUGUGUGGAAUGAAAGGAAAUGAAUUUUUCAAUCGUUCAUUCAAUUAUUUGGUGGUAAAUUUGAAGAAAUUGCGUAGACACAAGUUUAUUUCAUUAAGGCCCGCAUGGAGCAUCUGUCGAACGCGAUCUUUUGUGCAUAUUCUAUCUUGUUAGCCUAAAAUAUAUUAAAAUUUGGGAUCGAAGGCUCUAGCCGGAUAGGCAGAGUGAUUCUGCCCCCAACGAAUUCGAUAGCGCCACUUUUCGGACAUGUUUAUGACCAAAAAAGAUAAUUGUCUGGAAAAUUUCAGAUCUUUAUCUUGGUUCCCUGAUUUUCAUUCAUUAAAAAA